CCCGCAGGGAGCGCGCGCGGGUCCCGCCCUUCCUGCCGGGAAGGAGGAGCGGGAGGGGGCGGCGCAGCCGGACGGGAAGAUGGCGGACCUGGAGGAGCAGCUGUCCGAUGAGGAGAAGGUGCGUAUAGCAGCAAAAUUCAUAAUUCAUGCUCCUCCUGGGGAAUUCAAUGAGGUGUUCAAUGAUGUUCGGUUGCUGCUUAAUAAUGACAAUCUUCUCAGGGAAGGAGCAGCCCAUGCAUUUGCACAGUACAACUUGGACCAGUUUACUCCUGUAAAAAUUGACGGUUACGACGAGCAGGUUUUAAUAACAGAACAUGGUGAUUUGGGAAAUGGAAAAUUUCUGGAUCCAAAGAACAAGAUUUCUUUUAAAUUUGAUCACUUAAGAAAGGAGGCUACUGAUCCUAGACCCCAUGAAGUUGAAAAUGCCAUAGAGUCCUGGAGAAAUUCAGUUGAAACAGCCAUGAAAGCAUAUGUGAAGGAACAUUAUCCAAAUGGUGUCUGCACAGUGUAUGGUAAAACAAUUGACGGACAGCAAACCAUUAUUGCAUGCAUAGAGAGCCAUCAGUUUCAAGCAAAAAAUUUUUGGAAUGGCCGUUGGAGGUCAGAGUGGAAGUUUACAAUCACGCCUUCAACCACUCAAGUGGCUGGCAUCUUGAAAAUUCAGGUUCACUAUUAUGAAGAUGGUAAUGUUCAGCUGGUGAGCCAUAAAGACAUACAAGAUUCUCUAACAGUGUCUAAUGAAGCCCAGACAGCGAAGGAAUUUAUAAAAAUUGUGGAGGCUGCAGAAAAUGAAUAUCAGACUGCUAUCAGUGAGAACUACCAGACUAUGUCGGACACUACUUUCAAGGCCUUACGUCGACAGUUGCCAGUAACCCGCACCAAGAUUGACUGGAACAAGAUCCUUAGCUAUAAAAUUGGAAAAGAGAUGCAGAAUGCUUAAAGUGAACAUUGCAUGACUGGAUCAUUUUAGUGUCCUUGUAUACAAAUAAAAAUUAUUACAAAAAAUAUUUGGAACUGUCAAAUCACCCAGUCAGCAUGGGCUUUUGCCAUUGAAAAUCACUGUAAGUAGUUUGGUUAGAGCACAAAGCUUAGCUAAUUGACUUCUUUUCUUUUUCCUUCCUUUCAGAGGGUUGCUGCUUCACUAUAGCUGAAUAUCUUCCUUUAGAGUUUCCGUUGUACCUUUAUUUUUUUAUAAUGAAGAGACCAUGCCUUUAGUUUUCAAUUACACAUUAAAAACAGCUGGAAAAAAUAUUUUUGCAUAUGAUAACCCUUCCUCUUGCUUUAAUGUGAAAUGGACAACUUGCAAAAUUUGCUGGAUUCCUUGUGGAGAUCAGUAACAUGCAUUUCUAGGUCAAAGUCAAAGUGGAGUUUGCCAUCGGUGCUGUUUUUAAAAUUAUCUGUCCUUUCAUUGUAUGUAAAAUUGGGAAAAGCAUUUUCUGUAUCAUUUAAACUUAGAAGACAUACUUGCUGGCCCCAUGGUAGCUAAUUAUUUUUUUUAAAGAAAAGGCCAAGGUCUAAAGCUGUUUAAAGGUUUUGAAAUUAAAUAAAAAUACUUGCUCCAGAAAUGCAUUUAAUGCUUUGUUCUGACAAUUAUGAGCUCAAACUCCAUCUGCCCUCCAGGGUUUUUUAUCAUAAAGCUACAAAUGUAUUAUAACAAGGCAUAUUGUAAUAUAUAUAAUCCUGUACUCAUUACUGUCUGUUUAUUUUUUCUUGGAUUGAAAUGUACUAAAAUUCAAUGUGACAUUAAAAUGCAAAUUUUCUAUUUAUUUGAGUAUC